GCUGUGGGACAGUUGAUCUGCGGUUGUCCUUCCUCCAGGUUGCUUGCAGGGGGGGAAGCAGCAGAGGAGCCUGAAUAAACAUCUGCAAACCACUGCAGAGGGAGCUCCCGCCUCCCUGCAUGCAAAGGGCGGAGGGUGAGCGUGCGUGUGUGGUGCGCCUUUGUUUGUUGGCCCAACUUCGGACGAGGAUGGAGAAGUACGAGAAGAUGGGGAAGAUCGGCGAGGGAUCGUACGGCGUCGUCUUCAAGUGCAGAAACAGGGACACCGGGCAGAUCGUCGCCAUCAAGAAGUUCGUGGAGUCCGAGGACGAUCCCGUCAUCAAAAAGAUCGCGCUGAGGGAGAUCAGGAUGCUCAAGCAACUGAAGCACGCCAACCUGGUGAACCUGAUGGAAGUGUUCAGACGGAAGCGGAAGCUGCACCUGGUGUUCGAGUACUGCGACCACACCGUCCUGGACGAGCUGGACCGCCACCCGACCGGCGUCCCGGAGCAUCUGGCCAGGAGUAUAACCUGGCAGACUCUCCAAGCCGUCGACUUCUGCCACAAACAGAAGUGCAUUCACAGAGACGUGAAGCCGGAGAACAUCCUCAUCACCAAACACCAAGUCAUCAAACUCUGUGACUUCGGCUUUGCCAGGAUUCUCACGGGGCCGUGUGACUACUACACAGACUACGUGGCGACCCGCUGGUACCGGGCCCCGGAGCUCCUGGUGGGGGACACCCAGUACGGUCCCCCGGUGGACGUGUGGGCGAUCGGCUGUGUGUUUGCCGAGCUGCUCUCGGGGAUUCCUCUGUGGCCCGGCAAGUCCGACAUGGACCAGCUCUACCUGAUCCGGAAGACUCUGGGAGAUCUGAUCCCUCGACAUCAGCAGGUUUUCAGCAACAACCAGUUCUUCUGUGGCGUUUCCAUCCCGGAGCCUCCAGAGAUGGAACCUUUGGAGCAAAAGUAUCCAAGUCUCUCGCAUCAAACUCUGAGCCUCAUGAAGAGCUGUUUGAGAAUGGAUCCGUCUGAGCGGCUGACCUGUGAGCAGCUCCUGCGGCAUCCCUACUUCGACUGCAUGAGGGAAAAAAACGAGAGCACGACUCGAGAGCACAAGAGGACGCGUUUGCCUCGGAGACACCUGCCCCCCGGGUAUUUGCCACAGCUGACCAGCAGCAGCAUCUUUCCCGCUCUGGACAAUAAGAAAUACUACAACAACCUGCGCAAGUUCAACUACCACCUCCCAAACAUCUAAACACGACGAUCCUGAUCCACAGUGACGUCGGACGCCUUCGUUUUCUGAACCGCUCAGGAAAUGAGGCAAACUCUUAAAGACUGUAGUUUCCAUCCAUAAAAAAAAAAAAAAAAAACGAUUCAGCAACUUUUUAACCAUAUUUGCUCCUCACAAAGCGUGCCGGCUGUCUUUUACUGAUUCUAUGCACUAUACCCAGCGCGUUCAGUCGGACGUGUUGGUUCAUGUAUGCUUCGCCAGACUUUUAAGCUGAUAUUUUUAGACAAAGGGGAGCGCCGCGCUGCUCUGCUUGUUGUUAGCUGACUGAGGGUUAAACUACACUCUACUGCCUUGCCCAGUUUGCCAAAAAUGUUUUUUUUGUUUGUUUUUUUUAAAUAAUACAACGGACUGUAUUAAAGUGA